AUGGCCCAACAUUCCAGUAUCGCGCGGUCGGCCAUCAUCAGUAACGCCGCCUCGCCAGACUCCCACAACCAGAAUCCAUCUCCUAACGGCACCUCAAAUGGCAGCCAUGAGAAAGAUGCAAACUCUCUCCCUCCAAAGUCAGUGGUGGGAAGAGCGCUGCAUCCAGACGCCCAUAGGGCUUCUAAGGAUGGAGUCGGAAAGGCCCUAACGGACACUCCGACUCCUACCGCACCCCCAUCUCCACAGAUACAACCGGGUCUUUCGGCCGCCGGCUUUGAAACACCUAAGACCCGUGCCACCACUCUCGAUAUUCCAGGUUUGACCAAAUCCAAAGUCUCGCCGGAUGGGAGGAUAUCGCAGCGCGAUGUCGGUUCCAAGCUUGUCAUCGUCAUGGUCGGCCUGCCCGCUCGGGGCAAGAGCUACAUCACGAAGAAACUGGCGCGGUAUCUGAAUUGGCUGCAACAUGAUACAGAGAUCUUCAACGUGGGCGAACGUCGUCGCGUUGCAGCGGCAGGCUCGCCUUCGCCCAACAAGCUCGCUCAGGGCGUCGACAAGAGAAAGAGCACCAUCCACAAUGACUUGGUGGACUCGGUCCGGAGAAUGAGCAUCAGUGCAGGCAACCCGGUCCCCGAACAUGACAGCGAGAAGCUCCCUGCUCCUGUCAUCCCCCCGGCUAAGAUACUCGUGAACGGCGAGGAGACUUCAGACAGCAGCUCGGAAUCGUCACCCUCUCCUCAUCAGUCGAAUGAGGAUGGCGAAAACAUUGCACCGUCCUCGCCCGAGGCGGUGGAGGCAAUAGACCAGUCUUCCAAUUUCUUUGACCCUACGAAUCAACGCGCAGUGCAGCUUCGGGAACAGGUUGCUCUGCAGACACUCGACGAACUGCUCGAAUACAUGCUCGAGCGGGGUGGUAGCGUUGGUAUUCUAGAUGCCACCAACAGCACGCUGGAACGACGUAGGUUGAUUGUGGAUCACAUCAGGAAACGGGCAGGUCCCGAACUGAAUGUCCUCUUCCUGGAGAGUCGCUGUGUCGACCCCGAUCUGCUUGAGGCAAACAUGCGCCUGAAGCUUUCUGGACCCGACUACAAGGGUCACGACCCUGUCAAGUCGCUGGAAGACUUCAAGAGACGCGUUGCCUUGUAUGAGAAAUCGUAUGUUCCUCUUGGGGACUACGAAGAGAGGCAUAACAUGGCGUACAUCCAAAUGAUUGACGUCGGAAGGAAGAUGGUUACGCACCAGACAAAUGGCUUCUUGUCCUCUCAAGUCGUGUACUAUCUCCUCAACUUUAACCUCUCGCCACGGCAGAUCUGGAUCACGAGACAUGGGGAGAGCAUUGACGACCAGUUGGGUCGCAUCGGUGGAGACUCUGACUUGAGCGAGAACGGACACCGAUAUGCCAAAGCUCUGGCUAAGUUCAUUGAUCACCAGCGUCGGCAGUGGGAAAUCCAUCAAAGACAGAAAGCGCUCGCGAAACAUUUCCCUCCUCGCCCGGGUGACAGCACUCCGCCGAAUCCUUCCUGGGCACCUCAGACCCGCCCACGCAACUUCUGCGUCUGGGCAUCUAUGAUGAAACGCUCUGUCCAAACCAUACAGUACUUCAAUGAUGAGGAGUACGAUAUCAAGCAGAUGAAGAUGCUUGAUGAGCUCCACGCUGGACGCAUGGAAGGUAUGACAUACGAUGAAAUUCGUGAACAAUUCCCUGAAGAAUACGACCAUCGCAAGAAGGGCAAGUUGCAUUACCGUUACCCUGGCCCGGGUGGCGAGGGUUAUCUCGACAUUAUCAACCGGCUGCGUGCCGUCAUCAUCGAAGUUGAGCGGAUGACCGACCAUGUGUUGCUUGUGAGCCAUCGAUCUGUGGCCAGGGUGCUCUUGGCUUACUUCCGGGGUCUCAAGCGGGAUGAGGUUGCUGAUCUUGAUGUUCCCCUGGGUGUGCUCUACAUGCUGGAGCCGAAGCCAUACGGUGUUGAAUUCAAAGCUUACCAGUACAACCCGGAUACCGACUGGUUUGACUAUUUGCCCGACUUCCAGCUGCGGCAGGCGACGUUCUAA